AUGGCACAUAAGGCAGACCCUAGGGAUCCUGUUGCUGCUGCUGAUGAUGAAGAAGAAGUAACCACACUGGGACUGUCGUCUACUGAGGAUGAGGGUGAGGACCCCUGGUACCACAAAGCAUGCAAAUGCGAUUGCCAAGGAGGUGCCAAUGCCCUCUGGUCUGCUGGCGCCACCUCCUUAGACUGCAUUCCGGAAUGCCCAUAUCAUAAGCCCCUGGGUUUUGAAUCGGGAGAAGUUACACCAGACCAGAUCACCUGCUCCAACCUGGAGCAGUACGUGGGCUGGUAUUCCUCGUGGACCGCUAACAAGGCCCGGCUCAACAGUCAAGGCUUUGGGUGCGCCUGGCUGUCCAAGUACCAGGACAGCAGCCAGUGGCUAGAGAUAGAUCUGAAGGAGGUCAAGGUGAUUUCAGGGAUCCUCACCCAGGGGCGCUGUGACAUUGAUGAGUGGAUGACCAAGUACAGCGUGCAGUACAGGACCGAUGAGAACCUGAACUGGAUUUACUAUAAGGACCAGACAGGAAACAACCGGGUCUUCUACGGCAACUCAGACCGAACCUCCACGGUCCAGAACCUCCUGCGGCCCCCCAUCAUUUCCCGCUUCAUCCGGCUGAUCCCACUGGGCUGGCACGUCCGCAUUGCCAUCCGGAUGGAGCUGUUGGAGUGCGUCAGCAAGUGUGCGUGA